AUGGGAUCGAGCGCACGAGGCAAGUCGAAAAAUGAAAGAUUUGGCUUCUUCUCAUCCUUGAUCGAUGAUCCAGAGACCGACGACGAGCUAAGAUCUCUUGCUCUCGAAGACUUAAAAAGUAGCGACCGUACUUUGCCAGCCAUAUCGAAGACCCUGAAAAACUCCCUUGUUCCUCGCCACCCCUUUGCAGAUCUUCCCUGCCUACUCGAAAUCCGCCCCGGCGCAGGUGGAGACGAAGCUGGGCUUUUUGCUUUCGAGCUUUUGAGGAUGUACACUGCAUUUUGUACUCGACGUGGCCUGCGGUCCAAUGUGAUCAAGCUCGACGUGCAAGACGGGCCUACAGAUGAUCGCCUGAGCGAAGCAGUCGUAGAGAUCGACGCAAACGGAGCGUAUGAUCUUUUGAGAACUGAGUCUGGGGUCCACAGGGUGCAGAGAGUGCCGGCCACGGAGACCAAGGGUCGUACCCAUACAAGCGCGGUCAGCGUGAUGGUUCUUCCCAACUUCCCUGAGGCAGGGGCCGGUAUGGACAAUGCCUUAAAUUUCGACGACCCAAACAGUGAUUACUAUGUUGAUCCCCAGGAAGUCCGCACCGAGAAGAUGCGCGCGAGCGGAGCCGGAGGUCAGCAUGUAAACAAGACAGAGUCAGCUAUCCGGUUGACUCAUAUACCCACUGGAAUUGUCGUUUCAAUGCAGGAUUCCCGGUCUCAGCACGCGAACCGGAAAAAGGCAUGGCAAGUGCUACGAGCAAAAUUGGCCGAGGCUAGACAAGAAGCUCGUGAGCAGGAACUCGUUGAGCUGAGAAGAGGUGUUCUUGGAGGCGUUGCUCGAAUGGGUCGUGGUGACAAAAUCCGCACAUACAAUUAUGGACAGAGUCGUUGCACUGACCACCGUAGCGGCAUUACAGUGCACAAUCUGGACAAUGUUCUUGAUGGUGGCGAAAGUCUUGAGACUAUAAUGGAUAGUGUCAGAACCUGGCUGGCUGAUCGGGAGAUAGCAGCCAUAUCUGCAGAAGAUUCGAUAAAUGCCGUCGGGGAGUAA